AUGGCGGAAACAAAAUUCAGUGUGAUGGUAAGCCUAUUCGAAUGGAUGCAGAAAAGCAAAACCUCCUCCGUCAAACGCUCCAAAUUCCGGAAGUUUCUCUCCACCUUCUGCCGCCCCAACAAUGGCGAGGACUACUUCGCCACCAUCCGUCUCAUCCUCCCAGGACUUGAUCGCGAGCGUGUACUUGAUCGCGAGCGUGGUUCCUAUGGCCUUCGGGAGCACGUCCUUGCCACUUGCCUUAUUGACGCCCUUGACAUGUCCCGCGACUCCUCCGACUCUCAGAAACUCCUCAACUGGCGCAAAGGCGGCCCUAACUCCGGUGCCUUUGCUGGAAACUUCUCUCGCAUAGCGUUAGAGGUACUGGAGCGGAGGCAGGGUAUGACUUCAGGUGGCCUCACAAUAAAAGAACUGAAUGAAUUGCUUGAUCGAUUGGCUUCAACUGAAAAUAGAGCUGAGAGGAUUUCUCUUCUUCGUGAUCUGAUCAAGAAAACAAAUGCUAAAGAAAUGAAGUGGAUUAUUAUGAUUAUUCUUAAAGAUCUUAAAUUGGGAAUUAGUGAAAAGAGCAUCUUCCAAGAAUUUCACCCAGAUGCAGAGGAUUUGUUCAACGUGACAUGUGAUUUAAAAUUAGUUUGUGAGAAGUUGAGAGAUCGAAGUCAACGUCAUAAACGCCAGGACAUUGAAGUUGGCAAACCUGUUCGUCCUCAAUUAGCUCUAAGGAUCAGUAAUUCAACAGCUGCAUGGAAAAAGCUUCACGGCAAGGAAGUUGUUGUCGAGUGCAAAUUUGAUGGUGAUCGCAUUCAAAUUCACAAAAAUGGGACUGAAAUACAUUUCUUUUCGAGGAACUUUCUUGAUCAUUCAGAAUAUGGACAUGGCAUGUCAGAUAUUAUUAUACAGAAUAUUCUGGUUGACAGGUGUAUUCUUGAUGGUGAAAUGUUGGUGUGGGACACAUCUACGAAUCGAUUUGCAGAGUUCGGUUCAAAUCAAGAAAUAGCCAAGGCGGCGAAGGAGGGACUUGAUGGCGAUCGAAAGUUGUGCUGUAUCCUUCUUUGGUGCCUGGAUUCUUUGUGUACCAAUCAAGAUCCAAUUUCCAAUGCUGCAUAUUUUCUAGAUGUGAGAUAUGUUGCUUUUGACAUUCUUUACGUAGGAGACACCAGUGUUAUUCACCAAAGCUUGAAGGAGCGACAUCAGCUUCUUCAGAAGGUUCUCAAACCAAUACCAGGUCGCUUGGAAAUUUUGGUUCCAAAUGGCGGCCUUAACUCCCAUUGCCCUACUGGGGAACCAUGUUGGUCAAUAAUUGCUCGCAAUGUUGACGAUAUUGAGAGAUUUUUCAAAGAAACGAUUGAGAACAGGGACGAAGGAAUUGUUUUAAAAGAUCUUAGCUCCAAAUGGGAACCUAGUGAUCGAAGUGGAAAGUGGCUAAAGUUAAAGCCUGAGUAUAUUAGAGCUGGCUCUGAUUUAGAUGUUCUCAUCAUAGGAGGCUACUAUGGUUCUGGGCGCCGUGGAGGGGAGGUAGCACAAUUUCUUGUUGGGCUUGCAGAGCGUCCGGCCCCAAACACAUAUCCAAGGCGAUUUGUUUCAUUUUGCAGAGUGGGUACAGGACUUACUGAUGAGGAGCUUAAUACUGUUGUGACCAAAUUGAAACCUUAUUUUAGGAAAUACGAGUAUCCCAAAAAGGCACCGCCAAGCUAUUAUGAAGUUACAAAUAACUCGAAGGAGAGACCAGAUGUUUGGGUUGAAAGCCCAGAGAAAUCAAUUAUACUUUCUAUCACUAGUGAUAUCCGAACAAUUAGAUCUGAGGUAUUUUCUGCUCCAUACAGCUUGAGAUUUCCACGUAUUGAUCGAGUAAGAUAUGACAAGCCUUGGCACGAAUGUCUUGAUGUGCAAUCUUUUAUUGAAUUAGUACAUUCAAGCAAUGGUACAACUCAAAGAGGGCCAGAUAAUGCAACUGUGCAGGACAAUAAACCGACACGCACGAAGUUGUUAAAAAUAGAAAAGAAGAACGUUUCUGUUGUUCCUUCUCACUUUGUUCAGACUGAUGUUUCUCAAGUUAAGGGUGAAACAUCAAUAUUAUCGAACCUGACAUUUUACUUUGUAAAUGUACCUUCAUCCAUUUCCCUCGAUUCCUUGCACAAGAUGGUGGCUGAAAAUGGUGGUACUUUUUCAAUGAAUUUGAAUAAUUCGGUUACUCAUUGUAUUGCAGCUGAGAGUAAAGGUCUCAAGUUUCAGGCAGCAAAACGCCAAGGAGAUGUCAUUCAUUACUCUUGGCUAUUUGAUUGUUGUUCGCAGAAGAAGCUUCUUCCUUUACAGCCGAAGUACUUUCUUUUUCUUUCCAACUCAUCCAAGAAAAAACUGGAAGAAGAUAUUGAUGAAUUUUCUGAUUCCUUCUACUGGGAUGUCAAUAUGGCCGACUUCAAACAGCUCUUAAGCAACAUUGACCGGAAGGAAGAUACUAAAGCAAUUGUCUACUACAAGAAAAAGUACUGCCCAGAGGAGAAAUGGGCUCGCUUUCAUGGUUACUGCAUUUACUUCCACAUUCCAAAACAAUCUUUAAAAAAUAUGGAUUGGAAAGUUCUAUUGGAACUUGCAAUGAGGAGGAUGAAGAUUGAAGUUUCCAUGGGCGGUGGCAGUGUUGCUGACAAUCUGUCUCAUGCUUCUCAUGUAGUAGUUAUGUCUUUUCUGGAACUCAAUGUGGAUUUUGAUACUCUAUUGAGUAGUUUCUCAACGGCAGAUAGGCGUCUGUUACAUAGUAGAAGGUUGCAUGUUGUUGGCUCUCAAUGGUUGGAAGACUGCUUCGAGAAGGACCAGAAGUUGUCAGAGGAUCAUUAUAGCUUGAAGCCCCCAGGUUUUGAAGAGACUAUUGUUGGAGAGAGUAACAAACAAGAUCUUGACCAAGAAGAUUAUCAAAGCUUGGAUAAUCUAGAAAAGCAGGAUACAUCACCUUAUUCGGAUGAAGUUGGAAAACAGAGAACCAAAAAUUCGAAGAAGCCAAGAGUUAUUGACUUGCCUAAUAGGGACGGAAAAAGGAAAAGGGGAAGGCCCAGUAAGACAAGUACUAAUAGUGGAAGAAGAGGUGCCAUUCAACCUCCGAGAACAAGGGCACGCUAUGGAAACAAGCCAGCUAAAAUCUCUGAAAUUGAAUCAGACAAGAGUGCUUCUUCGGAUGAGCUAACUAUUGAGGAAGAAUCUGAACUCACUGGUGCAAAUCAUGUGAAUGUUGAGAAGGUACCUGAUGAAGGGAGAUCAGUUUUUAAUCAGCCUCGAAGAACAAGGGCACAGAUUAUACAUAAGCCCGCAAAGAUCUUAGAAAAUGAAUCAGAAGGGGCUUCUUCAGAUGAACAAAAUAUCGAAGGAAAAUUCGAAGUUGGACACACAAAUUCUGGAAGUCCCGAGAUAGUAAGCAGGCAUAAUCUAACGAAAGACGUAGGAAAAGAUUACGAAUUAUCAGAUAAAUGCGAAGAAGUUGAACCAGAAGUUGCAGAACAUGGUAAACACGAAACUUCUGUUGAUCCAGUUCAAGCUAUGUUAUUUAACAUGAUACCUAGCCUUGCAACUAAGAAAACAGAUAAAGCCAAUACCAUCCUCGAAGAGGAUACUUGUCCUGUCGAGAAAGAGGACAAUGCAAAAGGUGCUCUUCGUAUUCUGGCAGAGGAGAAAGAGAAAGGUGUGAUUCCCGAACUUGGAGAGGGAAGUUUACCUUCGGAAGUAAAUGAGAAGCCUUUUAAGAAAAAGAAAGUCAGCUACAAGGAUGCUGCUAAUGAAUUGCUCAAGAAUUGGUGA